AUGAUACGAUAUGGUCAUAUUCUACAAUUUUUUAUAUUAGUUUUAUUCACUAUCAUCAGAUCAACGCAUCAAACUGUUUAUACAUGUAAUGCAAGUGCAUCAUGUGGUUGUUCAACGAAUUCGGCAACAGUCAGUCGUAUUGUUGGUGGAGAAGAUGCAAGUUCAGCUACAUGGGGUUGGGCUGUCUCAAUCUCUAUAGCUAAUAGUUAUCUUUGUGGUGGAUCGAUCGUAUCAAAAUCAUGGGUUAUCACAGCAGCACACUGUACAGAAGGUUUUACAGCAUCCCAACUUACUAUCUACGCUGGAUCAAAUACUCGAUGGACUGGGACUCAAACUCGAACAGUAUCAAAUAUUUAUACGCAUCCAAGCUAUAAUUCGAGAACUUAUGUGAAUGAUAUUGCUGCGCUCAAACUUGCUUCUCCAUUGGAUAUGAGUGAUCCUUAUGUGAGUUCUAUUUGUUUACCAUCAGUUAGUCAGGCAACACUAUCAGCUGGUGAAUGGCCACCAGUUGGAACAAAUGUUGUAGCUGUUGGAUGGGGUAGAUUAAGUGAAGGUGGUUCAUUACCAUCAACACUGCAGCAAGUUACCGUACAAACUAUAGAUUAUUUAGCAUCGACUUGUAGUCAAACGAUGGCUGAUUGGUAUUUACAAUUUUGUGCAGGUGUAUCAGGCGGUGGCAAAGAUACUUGUCAAGGUGAUUCAGGUGGUCCUUUGAUGAUGUUUAAUGGAAGCAAUCAAUGGGUAUUAGUCGGUGUGACAAGUAGUGGUAUUGGCUGUGCACGAGCUACAUAUUCAGGAAUGUAUACCCGAGUUGCUGCAUAUCAAGAAUGGAUACAGUCAUACACGGAUGCUGCUCAUGACAACAAAGUAUCAAUGUAUCAAUUGUUGUUUCUUCUUGUAAUAUCUAGCUUUAUUUAUAUGAUACUGUCAACAUAA